AUGUCGAAUAUCGUUAGAUCUACAUUGCAACAAGCUACCAAGGGUCAAGAGUAUGAAGAACUAGAGUAUGUCCUUGAUUCAACAUUCUGCUCAACUCUUGUCCUCGAUAUAGCCGACUCUAUCGCAUCGAUCAUUGAUGUGGGCCAAGACUCAAUCAAUGAAAUCGAACCAGAAGAAACAUGUGUACCCAAGAUACAGAGGAUCAUCCAUCCACAUCUUCUCACUAGAUUGGUUCAAAAGAUACAUUACUGUCCAUUCUACCAUUUCCUAGCUAGUGCAGCAUUGUCAAAUGACUUUGACAUCUUUAUCCAAAUCUACAAGAUUGGAUACCCAGCCAACAAGUUUACAACCUAUCAACUCGUCAAAAUCCUUGCUUUGGUAAUCAAUGCCGGUUACUAUAUGUUUGCUAAAAGGUUUUUACUGUGUAUUACUCAUAUCGACCUCUCCAUCAUGUCACAUACAACUUGUCAAAAGGCAAUCAAUACUUUAUUCAAAUUAUAUUUUGAAUUACUCUCUCAAGAUCUCAAGCAACGACAACAAGAUGUUGCACCCAAGGAAAUCGAUAUAAACUAUCAAAAAAUGGCAUAUGAAAUUUUAAAAUUGGUUGGACCAUCCUAUCGUCAACAUGAAAUAAUCUACUAUGCAUCUGGAGUGACAGAUGAUCAAUUUAAAAAACUUUGGAAUAGAUAUUCACAGACCAAUCGAUUGGACAUUCAAAAAUGGUUGGCUAAUCCAUCACAACAUCUUAAACAACAACAAUUAAAAUCAAGAUAUGAUCAACAAUUCUUGAAUCAUUUACAAAGAAUUUAUAAACAUUUAAAACGAAAUCAAUUAAAAAAACAACAACAACAACAAAAUGAAUCAACUCAAAUUAAAACUAGAUUAAAUCCACCUCCUUUGGAAAUUGAAUAUAUUGGAAUUUGGAAUCAAUGUUUAGAACAAUAUUAUUUCAACAAAGAUAAUAAGAAACACAAAUCACUAUUAAUGUUUGAAUCAUCUGAUGGAAUUGAUAAAAAUAAUGGUAGAUUAAAUAAAUUGAUAACAACAUCAAUUUAUUUUAAUAAUGAUAAAGUAUUGGAUUACUUUUUAAAUAGAAUUAAAAAAGAGAUUGGACCGUUUCAAACUAUGGUUAUAGAGAAUGAAAAAGAAGAGGAUGAAGGAAACAUUGGUAUGUCUGAAGAUUCAUUUGAUGUUUAUGUUGGUGACCCCAAUCCAAUCAGUACAAAGGUAUUUAAUAUAUUGGUUGAUGACAAUGUGAUGCAAUUGGUUGCAGAGGCAAUGGAACAAGACAAAACCCAAGUUAUACGUCAUCUUCUCAGGAAACCAUACAAAUUACAUUCUCUCAAUGUAAUCUCUUCCAACACCACGAUAAGAGAGUGUGCCAGAAAGAAUGAACUACAAAUAUUAAGAUUGGUAAAUUCUGACUUUGGAGAACCACCUGAUCCACCCAUUAAAGAGGAUGGAUUGUUAAAAGAUAUUGUUACUCGGUCGUUCCAAAGAUUUUAUCAAAAGGAGUGGAAAUUUGGAAGGUCAUUACAAAAUGGAGCAGAAACUGUUGUAAAGUAUAUUUUCGAGUUGGCACAAAGAGAAAGGUUCAAAAUUAAAUUCCAUGCUCUCAAGAGUAUCGAUCCAAUUUUUUGUUCAAGAGAUUAUAUCAAUCUAUUAAAUGAACAUAUUGCACCAACCAUUAAACAAGCCUCAAAGGGCAAAGAAUAUGUAGAACUAGAUUUUGUACUCGAAUCACCAUUUGCAAAAUCACUUAUCAUGGAUGUUGUUGAUACAGUUCAAUCAAUCAUUUCAAUACCUGGUGACUCUAACUAUCAUUUGAUUGAAAGAGUGGCAGAGUAUGUUGAUCAAAAUACCGAAAAAUGCAUUACCCAGUUAUCAUCGAUUGGCAAGUACAUCACCGACGAGUAUUCUGCAACACGUGACCAAUUAGUAUCAAUCAUUGGAAAGAUUCUUGAUGACACUGACUUUGAUGAAACCCAAAACCUGCCAAUGUCCUAUUAUUCAAGUUUCCCUCAAAUGGUAUCUACCUCCACCAUUUGUCGAAAAAAUGGUCACUACGACAAGAUAUGUCCAUUUUACUUCUUCCUCUCGAGUGCAGCCAUUUCAACCGACGUUGCUAUCUAUCAACGUGUAUAUGAUAUUGGUUAUAACCAAGAAGGGGAUGAAAGAGAGGAGAUAGAAUUCCUUGAAGUCACACCAAUCGAAAUGGAUUCAUUAUCUAUUGAACAAUUCAAAAAGGCAAUCAAUAAGAUAUUCAAAUUAUAUUUUAACCUUUUAAAAAAAUAUUUGGAAUCAAAACAAGAAGUAGAACAAGUAGAAGUAGAUUAUCAACAACUUGCAAAUGAUAUUUUAGAAUUAGUAGAAUUUGAUAUUCAAAAAUGGUUUUCAACAGUUCAACUCAAACAAUUAAAAUAUGAUGAAAAGUUUGCAAAUCAUUUAGAAAGAAUUUAUAAUCAUCUCAAACAAGAUCAAUUAAAACAAUAUCAAACAAUUCAAAUUAAAUUAGAUCCACCUCCUUUGGAUUUAAAAUAUAUUGCAAUAUUAAAUCAAUGGUUAUAUAAAUAUUAUUUCAACAAAGAUACUAAUAAUAAUAAUAAUAAUAAUAAUAAUAAUAGUUUAAUCAAUAAUUAUACUCAAAAAGAAUAUAAUCAAUUUAUAGAUAGAGCAAUAGAAAUUGGUUUCGUUCCCAAUCAAUUUAAAAAAUAA